GCAUAUUUUUCACCUAUAUGCUGAAUCAAUUAGCUCUUUUUAGCUAAUCUGUAACCUGUAUCAAUAGUAACCUUCAUUUCUAGAUGAAAAUGUGAUGUUGUUACUUCCCAUAUUUAUUUUUAUCAAGAUACCUUGUGCAAGUGCAUUGAAUGUACUAGAUAUACUAGUCUGGAUCUGCUUUACUUAGUAUCAGUGGAUCGAUCAUGCAUGUUCGUCAGAUUAUCCGGCUGAUAUUCCUGAUCCUGCUAACGACAUCCCGGACAUUUCCGCAAAGAGCGUUAAACGUUUCCACGGAGUUGCUGCCCGGACGACGACCGAAUGCUCCGCCGCCGUCGUCUGAGGCUCCGCCAGAUAGAAGAGAUUUAUGGGGAGCGACGACCGAGGGAGUUGCGAGACUUGAGGGAGUUGUGCUGCCAGCAGGAGCGGAGACUAAAGCUGCUCCUGCAGGAAAUUACCUAGGCAAGAAAAGUAAGAGGGCGUCGAACAGGAGCCGUCGGAAGUUCAGGGUGUAUCCGGUGCUGUGUGGAUGACUGUGCACUGAUGGUGCAUUCAAUUUGGAGUUGCUGCUGGAGUGAAGUUUGCAGUCCUGUUUUCAUUUUGACGACCUGUCAUUGUAGCUAAGACGACAAAUAUAUUGUUUUUAUGAGUGUGACAGGUGUGUUAAUUACAAAUCAUGUAUUAGUUAAUGAUACAGUUAAAAUAAGAAUUAGGUUACCACAAAAAUACCUCAUACAAAAAUUGCAGAGAACACAAUUAUCUGGUAAAGUUGUGCAAGUACGUUUAUUCUUUCUGAAACACCCCGUAUAAGUGAAAUGUAUAUAUCAGUACGAGUCGCACAUAUCGCUGUUAUCUUCUCAGACCAUAUCUAACGAUCGAUGAAACAUGUCGCGUACGUGCGCUAUAAGUAGCUUAGGUCCCAUAAAUCACGCAUAAGCGAAAAAAGAGUUGAUCAACUUUAAUAGAGAAUCG